AUGCUGCCAGGUCUGACAGGACAGGCCACUAAAUUCCAUCGUGCACCGGAAUUCGAGACGCUUCAAUUGCAUGCUGGGCAAGAACCCGACUCAGCAACGAAUGCUCGCGCCCCUCCCAUCUACUCGUCGACCUCGUUCUGCUUCAACGACUCUGCCCACGGCGCGAACCUUUUUGGCCUGCGUACGGCUGGGAACAUCUACUCGCGCAUGGGAAACCCUACCGUGGAUGUUUUCGAAAAACGGAUGGCAGCCUUGGAAGGUGGCGUAGCUGCGGUGGCUACGUCAAGUGGCCAUGCAGCCCAGUUCUCGGCCAUUGCUGCUCUCGCUGAUUCGGGCGAUAACAUCGUUUCUACUUCAUACCUUUACGGCGGGACGUAUAACCAGUUCAAAGUACUGCUCAAGAAGUUCGGUAUCGGCGUCAAGUGGGUCACCUCUGAUGAUCCCGCCGCAUUCGAGGCUGCCAUCGACGAUAGGAGCAAGGCCAUCUACGUCGAGACCAUGGGCAACCCGAAGCACAACGUCAGCCCUUUGGAUGAUAUUGCCACGGUCGCGCACAAGCAUGGGAUUCCUCUUAUGGUGGACAAUACGUUCGGAAUGGGUGGCUACCUCGUUCGCCCUAUCGAUCACGGCGCGGACAUCAUCGUCCACAGCGCCACAAAAUGGAUCGGCGGGCACGGAACCACCAUGGGUGGUGUUAUAGUCGACGCCGGAAACUUCGACUAUACCUCCGGCAAAUUUCCCUCCUUCACUACCCCCGCAGAGGGCUAUCACGGCAUGAUCUUCGCCGAAACGUACGGCCGCGUAGCCUACGCCGUGAAAGUCCGCCUCGAAAUCAUGCGCGACCUCAGCGCAAUUCAAAACCCGUUCGGCGCCUUCCUCCUCCUCCAGGGCCUCGAGACGCUCUCGCUCCGCGGACAGCGACACAACGAGAAUACGCUCGCGCUCGCGAAGUACCUAGAGAGCCACGAGAAGGUCGCGUGGGUGAGCUAUCCGGGCUUGAAGAGCCACGAGUCGCAUGAGUUGGCGAAUAGGCUGUUUAGGGUUAAGGGAGAGUAUGGGGGCGUGUUGACGUUUGGGGUGAAGGGUGGACAGGAUCCGAAGGUGGGGGCUAAGGUUGUGGAUUCGUUGAUGUUGGCGAGUAAUCUGGCGAAUGUCGGGGAUGCGAAGACGCUUGUUAUCCACCCUGCGACGACGACCCACCAGCAGUUGACCACGGAGGAGCAGUGUGCUGCGGGCGUGACGCCAGACUUGAUCAGGGUAUCCGUCGGCAUCGAGAGUAUACUCGACAUCAUUGCCGACUUCGAGUACGCUCUGGGGACCGUGCCCCAAACUUAAUGUUCGUUAUACGUCUGGAAACAGAGGCGAAGAUAAAAUGUACUACUGGACACAAUUUUAUUGGUACGAACCGUUCUGAAUG